CUUCUUAAAAAUUGAAAUUUAUCUUAUAAACAAUGAAUUAUGACGAAGAAGUUGUCGUUAAAAGUUUGGAAGAGAGAUUGAAUAGUCUUGGCAUUGACGACGAUGCAAAUGAGGCAAAACAACAUGAAAGUCUUGAAGAUUUAAAAGAACAAUUUAAAGAUUUCAUAAACAGGGCAAAACAUGCUGCAAGUGAUGGAAAUUUAGAGAAGAGUUUAACUUUAUAUAAAAAAGCAUAUAAAAUACACAAGAGUGAAAAGGUGUUAAAACGAAUUGAUAAGUUGGAGAGAAAGUUGGAGGAAUAUGACGACAUCUUAAAUGAUGAUGCUAAUGCUGAUGAUGAUGAUGAAGAAGAUGUAGAAGGUUUCAAACUGCCUAAGGCUAUUCACAACAAGCUUUAUCCAUAUCAAAUUGAAGGUGUGAUGUGGUUUUGGAAACUCUAUGAAGAGAAAAAAGGAGGAAUAUUAGGGGAUGACAUGGGAUUAGGGAAGACUAUCCAAGUGAUUUCAUUUCUGGCUGGAAUGUUCAGAAGUGGCCAUGUAAAGACUGUGUUGAUAGUUAUGCCUGUGUCACUUCUCUCAAACUGGGAAAAAGAAUUUAAAAAAUGGGCUCCUGAAAUUAGGGUUGUUUUGUUCCAUGGUUCAAGCGUAAAGCAGCGUACUGAAAAUCUAGGAAAAAUUCAAUCCAGAAAAGGAGUUUGCUUAACCACCUAUGGUCUUGCAUGUUCUUGUUCUGCUCAGUUCUCUGAGGACAAAUAUGGUGGUAGAUUCACAUGGGAUUAUAUUAUACUUGAUGAGGGACACAAGAUCAAAAACACUGCAAACAAAACAACUAUUGCAAUUCGAGCAAUUCCUGCUGCAAAUCAUUUCAUUUUAACUGGUACACCAGUACAGAAUAACUUGAAGGAAAUGUGGGCUCUAUUUGAUUUUGUCUGUCAAGGACAACUCUUGGGGACAUCACGAUCAUUUAAAAAAGAAUACGAGCAACCGAUUGUACGAGCUCGUGAGAGAGAUGCAAGUGCAUAUGAGAAGAGAAUGGGUCAGGAAAUAUCUGCACAUCUUCGAGAACUGAUAGCCCCACAUUUCCUGCGACGAACCAAAGAUAUUCUUGAACAGAGCAAGAAGGCUAGUACUAGUGAAGAUGUCAAGCAUCAUGAUGAUGGUGAUGAUGAUGGUGAUGAUGGUGAUGUGGAUUCAGACAAAGAAAAUGUAGACCACAAUGGAAGAAAAAAACCAAAACUAACUCGAAAGAAUGACUUUAUUAUCUGGUUGUAUCUGUCACAGACGCAACUCCAAAUAUACGAAGAUUUUGUUAAGUUGGACAGAGUAAAGGAGAUAUUGAUGACAACUAAAUCUCCGCUGGCAGAGUUGAAUGUUCUUAAGAAGAUUUGUGAUCAUCCUCGUCUCUUGUCAACCAUGGCUUGUAAACAAUUAGGAUUGAGUGAUGAACUAGACGACGAAGACACAGAAUGUAAGUAUGAAUGGUGCUCUCCUCCCGUGGAUCAACUUGUUGAAGAAUCUGGUAAACUUGUCUUUCUUCUUCAACUUCUGGUGAAUUUAAAGCGCGAAGGACAUCGAACUCUUGUGUUUAGUCAAUCAAGAAAGAUGCUGGAUAUUAUUCAGAAGGUUUUGAAAGAUAAGGGAAUCAAAAUGAUUCGUAUCGAUGGGACGGUCGACAAUUAUGAAAGAGAGUCUCGUAUUUGCACGUUUCAAACAGACCCGUCAUAUUCCGUGUUUCUUUUGACAACACAGGUUGGAGGAGUUGGUUUAACCUUGACUGCUGCUGACAGAGUUGUCAUUUUUGAUCCAAGCUGGAACCCCGCAACAGAUGCACAGGCAGUUGAUAGGGCUUAUCGCAUUGGUCAGAAAAGAACGGUUGUCAUAUACCGUCUUAUAACGUGCGGAAGUUUAGAAGAAAAGAUCUACCGUAAACAAGUAUUUAAACAAGCUAUUACAAAACAAACGACUGGGUCUUCAAUAAAUCCUUUCAGGUAUUUCAGUAGACAUGAAUUAAGAGAACUGUUUGUUUUGGACGAUCACCGCAGCUCAAAAACGCAAAUUCAACUUGAGAAGAUGCAUUCAACUCAUCGUGUGACGGACAAUUUGCUCGAUCAACACAUUGCAUUUCUCUAUUCCACGGACAUCUUUGGAAUCAGUGAUCAUGAUUUGUUGUUCACCAAGGAAGCUGUUGCGACAGAAGACGAGAUAUCUGGCAGUUCUGAGAUGAAUGACGCUAUUCAAGCAAAGGUUCGUCGAGCAGCAGACAUCAUGAGAACUGAGUCAAGUCAAGCUAUCGCCGCACGAGAUGAUUAUUUACUUUCUUCUUUGUCGAAAGAAAAGAAAAAGAAAAAUCAAACCAAAAUUCACGAACAUAUGGAAGUUUUUAUUCCUUCCAGUGAAGACUCUACACGGUUCAAACCUGGCAGAAAGAAGUCCCAGUCUCCCGCAUCCUCCGGUGUUAUUGAUCUCACCGUGUUGGAUGCAAAAAUAGACGAUGAUGGUCUGGAGCAGAAGUUUUCCGAUAUAACAUUGAAGGAAACAGUUGAGGAGAGAAACAUGGGUUCUCCAGUCAAAAGAAAGGUUAUAAACGUUCUGGAAAGUGAUUCAGAGGAAGAGGUAUUCACCACGCCUACUGCAAGCACAUCCUCAGAUCAUGAAGAAUUAGGUGAGCCAGUGUCGCAAUGCAGUUCCGAGAACGAUGAAGGUGACGGAGAAAGUCACACUGCUGCUAAAAAUCACCUGGAGAAUGUCGCAAGUGUGUGGAACGAUGACGAAGAUUCAGAAAAUGUUCAACAAAUUACGUCACCAAGAAAUGCAUUGAUCACUUCAACGAAUUCCAUGAAAGGUGAAUGUUGUGAAAAAUCAGAAGUUAUUUUGCCAACCUACACUACAUGCUGUCCAGAAGGUAUUCAUGUGUCAGAAUCAUUCAACAUAAAGAAAUGCCCAUGUGUAUUGUCACCAACUGAAACACAGGCUCAUAAAAAUGUGCCCGAGUCUCCUCCAUCCAGUGAUGUUAUUGAUCUCCCGGUGUUGCAUACUGUGCACGACGAGGAUGAUCUGGAGAAACAGUUUUCCAAAUCGAAUGAAACAGAUGAUUCCUCAUCUGAUGGGGAGGGAAACAUUGGUUCUAAAGUCAAAAGAAAGGUUAUAAGUGUUCUGGAAAGUGAUUCCGAAGAGGAGGUAUUCACCACACCUACUGCAAGCACAUCCUCAGGUAAAGACGCCGGGGUUAUUUCAGAGAAUCUUCCAGAUAGAACAUUCGUUGUCUUGGAGGACGAUUCUGGAAUUCAAAACCAUGACUCACCGCUAUCAGAUCAUGAAGAACUUGAUGAGCCAGUGUCGCAAUGCAGUUCCGAGAACGAUGAAGGUGUGAAGGAAAGUCACGGCGACGUCAAAAAUGACUCUGAAAGUGAUGAAAGUUCGUCGAAUAUAGAGGAAAAUUCAAAACGAAGGCCAUCUGAUUCUACGAAUUCAACAGAUGAAAGUUGUGUUAAUUCUGAAAAACCAGGAGAGGAGGAAGAUCUUGAUGAGUCAGUGUCGCAAUAUAGUUCCGAGAACGAUGAAGGAAGUCACAGAGACGUUGAAAAUGACUCUGGAAAUGAUGAAAGUUCGUCGAAUAUAGGCGAAAAUUCAAAACGAAGCCCACCUCAAAGGAAUACGAUUGAUUCUACGAAUUCCACAGAUGAAAGUUGUGUUAAUUCUGAAAAACCAGGAGAGGAGGAAGAUCUUGAUGAGUCAGUGUCGCAAUAUAGUUCCGAGAACGAUGAAGGAAGGCACAGCGACGAUGAAAAUGAUUCUGGAAAUGAUGAAAGUUCGUCGAAUGAAGACGAAAAUUCCAAAAAUUUUCAACAAAGCCCCUCUUCAAGAAACGCAAAAGCUUCAACAAAUGCGAUUAAAGAUGAAAGUUUGGAUAAACCUGGAGAACCAGAAGUCAUUUUGAAAACGUACACUACAUGCUGUCCAGAAGGUAUUCAUGUGUCAGAAUCAUUCAACAUAAAGAAAUGCCAAUGUGUAAUGUCACCAACUGAAAUAGAGGCCUACAAAAUGCAUGUAAACUCAGGAAGACGCUGUGAGAAGUCAGAGGAAUUUAGAGCUGCUUUAAAACAUUUUUCAGCAGCAUACCGCCUCUGUGACAGCGAUGAAAGACUACGGACAAGGAUACAAAGCUGCUACAAACGUCUGCAAAGUUCUACCAGUUGAAAUUGUAAUUUGGUAUGGAUUAGCAAGACC